CUUUUGUCCCACACAAGGUAAAUUUUUCCAAAUAAUUUGUCUCCAGGACACAAGCAAUGAAGAUUGUGCAGUCCCCAGCAUGUGCCUCCAGCCGAGGAGCACAACCAUGGAUGCGAGCAGCGAGGACUGCAUGUCCCGCAGCACGUGUCUCCAGCCGAGGAAUGCAACCAUGGAUGCGAGCAGCGAGGACUGCAUGUCCCGCAGCACGUGUCUCCAGCCGAGGAAUGCAACCAUGGAUGCGAGCAGCGAGGACUGCAUGUCCCACAGCACGUGCCUCCAGCCGAGGAACGCAACCAUGGAUGCGAGCAGCGAGGACUGCAUGUCCCACAGCACGUGCCUCCAGCCGAGGAACGCAACCAUGCGUGAUCAGUUUUGUUGUGUAUAUGAGCAUGAAUCAAGUUGGGGUUGUCGAUCAAACUACCUGCAGGAUGCGAGCAGCGAGGACUGCAUGUCCCACAGCACGUGCCUCCAGCCGAGGAACGCAACCAUGGAUGCGAGCAGCGAGGACUGCAUGUCCCACAGCACGUGUCUCCAGCCGAGGAACGCAACCAUGGAUGCGAGCAGCGAGGACUGCAUGUCCCACAGCACGUGCCUCCAGCCGAGGAACGCAACCAUGGAUGCGAGCAGCGAGGACUGCAUGUCCCACAGCACGUGCCUCCAGCCGAGGAACGCAACCAUGGUCAGUCAUACCUAUUUGUAG